UACAAUUGCGUCGUUGACAGUACUGUGGGCCUGAGCUCCGCGCUGCGCACCGAGUUAGCAUCUCCAGAUAGAGGCUGUGCCGGAGAGUAUAACUAUCAGACUGGUCCCUUGAGACAUCAUGUUUUUCUUGAAGUCACCACCGCCACCGUCACCACUAGUAUCGAGCUCAACACCUCCACCACUUCCCCCUCGCAAGCCAUGUACGGGCACAUGCAAUCAGCAAAGCCAAAGCGUAUUUUUCGCCAAGUUGCCUCCUGAAAUCCGAAACGAGAUCUAUCAAUAUGCCUUUUCGCUGGAUGCCUCGGAGUCUAUCUCAGCGGUGCACCACCCACUAUCUCUACUCCUCACCUGCCACCAAAUCAAUCAUGAAGCCACAAACCUCGCUUUCAACACGCACGCCUUUGCCAUAAAACCAAACGCGCGGACUUCAUUCGUCGCGCUCCGCGACAAAACAUCGCACCUCUCCGCACAACAAACAUUUGCCAUUACUACGCUAUCCUACGACCUCGUGGAAGGGUACAUCAAAGGUGGCAGCGCUGUAGCAAAUAUGCUUGCCAACGGCAUUCUCGUGUUUCCUUUCCUUUCACGCAUCGAAAUCUACAUCCAGCGCGGCUACAAAUCCAGACACAAAACGCAUUACUAUCCCUUCUAUCCUGCUCAAGAUAGGCCUUUCUUUAAUGACCCGCGUAAAGACGCGAUAGAAAAGUACGCUCCCAUCUGGCUGGACUACAAGAUCCUCAGACCCGUCGCCAGAGGCCACACAUUCUCAUGGCAAGCGGGACAAAAAUGGAGCAUCGCGUGGCCACAGUUGGACACACCCUACUUCUCCGUCAUCGGCGGGGAGGACUCAAACGGUGAGUCACUGAACAAACCGUACAUGGGGACUGACGCCGUCGGCGCCGCGCGCGGCGUACACAUGUGCAUCUGUGGCUGCGGCGAAGUAUGCUGGCUCUCUGCUGAUCUUGUGCAACAAACUGGUCGUCGCGUACUGGUCGACACUUAUUUCUAUGGCGCAGAAGUAAUUCCGAGAACAGAUGACGAGCGGCGGUUUGGACAUCUCAAAGUUCGAUUGCAUCCUGGUGUGCCGGGUGUGGAAGGAUUGACUAGGGAGAAUGUGGGCGCAACAAGUUUCAAAAACGAGGUGGACGAAGAGUAUUGGGAUGAACUCAGGCGGAGAAACGGGAAGUUGGAUGCUCUCUGGAGGGGAUUUUGGAGGGGGAGUAGAGCGGGAAAAGAGGCGGGUCGGGGCGAGGGAAAUAGUUCCCUGCCAUUGGAGUAGGAGGCUCCAAAGAAGACAAAAUAGAGGAGGGAGGAAAGCAGGCUGAGUAGUGCGGCAUUGUAGAUUAGUAUGUAUGUGGCAAAACGGCACUAGCUAUUUAACACCAGCUUCAG